AUGCCGUGUCAAAGCAUUACUUGGAUUCAAAAUGGUGGAACGGAGAACCAGUGUGGAUCACGAAUCAAAAAAGCUUUUAAGAAAAGUGCUGUCGUGUUUUGGCCUGGUUCAGAGGUGAAAAUAGAAGGCCAGUACCCUACACACUAUUUACCCUAUAAUCGGUCACUUUCCUUCGAGAAACGAAUAGAUUAUUUAUGUACAAUGUUAGAGCAGGAUGAUCCUCCAAGCUUUUUGGCCGCUUAUUUUAACGAGCCAGAUCACAGUGGGCAUAAAUUUGGCCCCAAUUCACCAGAGAUUAAAAGCAUUAUUCGCAGAAUGGAUAAUGUCACUGGAUAUCUGUUGGAAAGUUUACGAAAUCGAGGAUUGUUGAAUCAGGUAAGAAGAUCUAAGCUUAAAUAAUAACCAAAUGAAUCAGUUUACUUUGAAAAGUUCACAUCAGCUGACGACGAUUGUUUCAUCAAUUAAUUAUGUACGCGAUGAUUAAGUUUAUUUAAGCUUGAUCACACUUUCGGUGUGUCAGCCGUCACGGAGCCCCUUCUCUCCUUGUUAUUGUGGCCUGCUGGCCUGUUUUACAAACAAAACUAAAUCCCUGUCUGCAUGUCUGAGCACCGAAAUUCUUGUUGUGGAUCCCCUCGCAGGAUUGGAGUUCAUCGCAUGUGCUAUGAUUGACCCGUAAAGAAGCCAUUGUUGGAUUAGCCAAUCUGGUUGGUAAUUCGUUGAGUCCAUUGUGGUUCCAGAACAAGAUCCCAGCUCUGCUUCACAGACCUCACUAGCUGGGUUUAGAUUACAUCAGUGAUCCAGGAUACUUUGUGCAUGACUAGAUCAUACCCAAUGACUGGGGUUAUUCACUACUAAAGCCAAUGAUGAUUCUCCAUCAGAUGUCAACACAAUGCCACAAUGGAAAUUGUUUAGCUAUUUUGGAAAAGAUUGAUGUUGAUAUGGUGGAUUUUUUGUUCAGAAUAUUCCAUUCACCCUUCCACUGAUUCUGUUACCUCUGCGCCUGCAUCUGCGAUGCAAAAAAAUCCGCAAAAUAAUUUGUGGCAUGUGUCUCGUCUGACACGAAGGUAGAUUGAUUAAUCUAAGGAUGCUUUUGUAGAAUAUCCUGUUCGUGUUAUUUCUGUGGCUGUUCUUGUGGCUACUUGGUAGCAAUGAAUAUUGUUUUGUCUUUGUUGUGGUUUAUAAAAGAAGGUAAACUACAAUACAGAGUUUUGGAGUCAGAUUACCUGUCUGCAUGGUUACAUAAAGUCCCAACUAAGGAUUCUUUGUUUUUUCAACUCAGGGACUCUUUGGUUCUGGACUGAGACUCAUGAUUUUUCACAAGAUGAGUCCCAGGGCCCACAACUAUUUGUAACAAAAUCACUGCACUCCUGGAAAUUUUGCUGAAAAAUGCCUUUUAGAGUUAGUUGGGCCAUUUUCUGGGUGCUGUCCUCCAAAAAGGAGCAAAACUAGAUGGGUGCUCUCACCACUGUGCCACACUUGCUCUCCAACUUUCAUUUUAAAGACUGUUUAAAUCUAGAUGAGUUAUAAUAAUAAUGGCUGCAAUAGUAUGCAUGCUCUGAUUGGCUGCUAAGUAGGCAUUACUUUCUUGUAAAUUUGGCCGUGCAGUACUAGCUGGCUGUCCAAGACAUAAAAUCUGUGCUAAACUUGACAGGAGAAAUCCUUAUAGCCUGAGUAUUAGGCCUUCCCCCAGAGAUGCCUGAUACUCAGGCUAAGAUCCUUCUGGACAUCCAUGUAAUAGUCAAUUGACAGCUGUCAAAUAGGGUAUCCACUGACCAGUGUCACAUGACUGUAUCGUGGGGUCAAGUUUACAACUCACUGAAGUGCAGACAUGUUUUUUUUACAGUUAUCCACUGCUGUUUGUUUUAAUUGAUUGUAGGCUCAGGUCCAUAAUGAAAAGGCCUUAUAAUAAUAACUUAUUAACCUCGUCCAUUCGGUCAUUACAGGGAAAUGUCAGACCUCAGUCUGAGAUUUCCCUGGAAAGAUCAACUGGACAAGGUUAAUAAGUGGUAGUUAUUGACUCUGGGGGAAGUCAGCACUCCAGGAUUAAUUGGGCCUAAUAUUAUGUUGAACUUCAUUCAGCCUCAGGGCUCAAAUUAAACUGACUUCUUUUAGCCAGAACAGGGCUACUAUAGGUCUCACAGCUGGUAAAAGCAUGCGGGCAUCUUUCUUUGUAGCGCAUGCAAAUUUUCAAAUUUGAGUGUUUUUGUCAAAGGUGUGUGAUGCUUGUAACAGCCAUUCACUCUGAUGAAGGCCAGUAAAGUUGGUCAAAAUAGGUGAAGGACGAAAAAAACAUACUGUUUUGCUCUUCAUUUGUGGUACUGGAUUUAUUCAAUUAUGAAGAGAAUGUCUUUUAGUAAACGCUUGUGAUAUGUUAUAUAUAUGUUAAGAUGUAGUAACUCUUUGUGUGUCCUAUAAGAUUAUCAUUAGGUAACAACUGAUGGAUCUAAAUAUAUUUCCAUUGUAUUUUUAUGACCCAUUUUAGGUAAACCUGAUUAUCACAAACAACCAUGGCAUGGCAGAUGUCAACAACUUCCGUCUCAUCCAGCUGGAUUUUUACAUUCCAUCAGACUGGUAUACACUCAUCACUGAUCCAAACAGGGAAGACCAUGCUUCUAAUGUGUUUUUUCAUAUUCUACCCAAGAAAGGAAAGUUGAAUGACACUUACCAAAAGCUCAAGACUGUUCCACGUCUAUAUACAUACCUUAAAGAAGAAAUACCUGAAGAGUUUCAUUACAGGCAUAACCGUCGUCUCAUGCCGAUUUUCAUUGUCGCAGAAGAAGGAUGGACCAUUACAAAAAACAAGUCGAGAAUAGACAGUCGUGGUAACCAUGGCUACAGUAACCAAUUCCCUGAUAUGCACCCCUUUUUUCUUGCCCAAGGACCUGCAUUCAAAGAAGGCUUUGUUUCAGAACCAUUUGAAAAUGUGAAUGUAUACUCUCUUAUGUGUCAUUUACUGGGCAUUAAACCAGCGCCAAACAAUGGCUAA